CUUGAAUAAAUUAUAUGACAAUUGAGUGGCAGAUCCAUGCAGAUGUAUUUUCGCCAAAAGAUAUUUAUUUUGCGAGUUCAAUAGAAGUAACAAGAUGAAUUUGUAAAAGAUACAAAAUGAAAUCUUUGAACUUCGAAGGGGCUGUGUGUGUGUGUGAGAGGCUGAGAAACUGGGCUGACGCAUGUCGCUACUUUCAAGGGCUUUCAUGAAUCAGUGAAAAACCUCAUUCUGCAGUACACUGUGGACACGGGCAUUACCGUCAGUCAGCACGCAGACGGACCUUCGGCUAAAACUAAUCUGGCCGGCGCGCCAGCCUUCAUUUGAUAUGCCGUUUCACCGUGCGUCUGCCGGAACAACCGCAUUCACCGCCGUCCAUCACGGUGACCGUAUUCACCGCCGUCCAGUGGAACGGUAUCCACCGCGGCCACGUCAUCAUCAAGAUCUGCUGACUGCUGAGGUGGCCAGCGGCGACGGGGUUAUCACCGGCUUGGUGGUGAGACGCCGUUGCGGGGGUGACCGAGUAAAACGCGUCGAGUGGUGUGCCGGGCGAGGUGGAGCUAUCUAUCCCCUCUGCGCUUCAUAUGGCCGCUGGCUCCGUCCGACGGGCAGCAUCAUCUUGCCCUCCCGAGCUGCCCGAAUCAUCCUCAAAGAAACCCUCUCUCUCUCUCUCUCUCUCUCCCACACAGAUGCUAUUAGAGAGAAGAGUGUCGAGAGACCUCUUGCACUCACUUUUCUCUCUCUCUCUCUCUCUCUUCCCCUCGACGAAUCUCUCACCGUAGAGAAGCACUGGUUUUCAUGGAAGGGAAGUUCUCCAUCUUAUACAGUCUCCAGUCCUCCAUUGGUUCGUUGCAGAAGGGGAGUUGUGAUAAGAGAUGGGAUCGUUCAUCUCCAUGGAAAGGAAGAUCGGAUGGAAGAGAGUCACUCGCUUCAGCAUCCCGGCAGAUGCCCAGAUGAGAAUGCUACAGCCAUGAGAAUGGCGCUAUCCUACCUGAGCUUUCCCCUUAGUAAUUUUACCUUCAUCUCUUUCUUUAGUUUCUUGUUGCUCCCACCAUUCAAUUAGGUAUUGUCUUACCCGUGUUCUUUUUCUUGACCUUGUAAGACCUUUUCUUGAUCUUGUAAGACCCCAUGCCAGCAUUACCACCCCACUUUCAUGUUUGCUUGUUCCUCACCAUCUAAUUCUCAACCACCUUCUCAACCUAAGUCUAUCCCUCCUGAGCUGCUACCAUUCAUUGGGUACAUUGUCACAUGGAAGAAAAAGACUCGAAUCAGGGCUACCAAACAGCUUCUUUGUGUUAUAUCAUCAAACCAAACUUUUUAUUAUUGAAGUUUUCCUUUUCUCACUGCGGUGUUUUGAAGGCACUAGGUUUACAGUGGAGAUUGUUCGGCUUUUGUUCUUUGAAAUGGAUGACAUCUUGUGUUGCUAAUUUAAAAGUAUGUUUGUCAUUUUUCAGAAUGCGACCUUGCAUGGCUCUUGUACAAUAAGCCCUCUGCAGAUUCUUUCUUGGUUUUGUUUUCUUUACACAUGAAAAAAAGAGCAGGUGUAUGAGGGCUUUUAUGAAGCCUGGUAAAAGAAUUUUGUACAUGCUAAGGUUAGUAGAGGACCUCUCGAGUGCAGCUUUUUUGGAUACUGUAGCUUUUUUACUGUACUUCAUCACUUGGUUCUCUCUCUUACUCCCUCUCUCAAUAAUGCAUAUAUAUAUAUAAUUAUGUAUAUAGUGUUUCACUGCGA